CACCUCUCCUGUGAAACCACAGGGCUGCUGCAGCCUUCACAGAGGAAACGGUGGUUUUAACUUCUCUGAACCAACAAACAUUCAAAUUGUCCGAUGUCACAUCUCAGAGUGGUACGAUGGGGCAAACAUCUCUUCAGCGGCUCGUCUUUCUGAGCUCACUGCUGAUCUGCACCACAAACCAAGCCUCUCUGACUGUGAGUCCCAGCAGCUCUCAGAUGUUUGUAGGACAGUCUGUCUCUCUGAGCUGUGAGGAGGACGACAGCUCUGCUGGAUGGACUCUGAGGAGGAACACAACUGAUGAAACCAGGACUCAGUGUGGAGCUGGUUGGAGACAAUUAGCUGGUUCAUCAUGUGACACCAACUACAUCCUUCCAUGGGACAGUGGAGUUUACUGGUGUGAGUCCAGAGAGGGAGCAACCAGUAACACCAUCAACAUCACUGUCACUGGUGGUCCAGUGAUCCUGCAGAGUCCUGUCCUCCCUGUGAUGGAGGGACAUGAUGUCACUCUGCGCUGUAAAACAAUAUCCGGUGUCCUCCCAGCUGGUUUCUAUAAAGAUGGCUCCUUCCUCAGGACUGGGCGUAAAGGUCACAUGACCAUCCGCCAUGUUUCCAGGUCUGAUGAAGGUCUCUACAAGUGUCGCAUCAGCAGUGUUGGAGAGUCUGAACCCAGCUGGGUCACUGUCACAGGAAAACUUAUGACCACUCCCUCACCUCCCACUGAAGCCCCGCCUCCUGCCUCCAGCCCCCUCCACCUUAUGCGCCGACUGUUCUACCGCCUGGGGGUGUUCUGUCCGUACUGCAUCUCCACUUUCAUCAUGGUGUCUUUAUAUCGACACAUAGCCACAGGAAAUGACCGGCCCGUCUCCGUGGUGAUGACUCCGCCCACCCAGGCUGACGAGGGAUUGGAUGAUGAGUAUGAUGAUGUCAUCGCUGUUGUCACCACAGAGCAUCACUUCUAA